AAUAUUGGAAUAUACGAAGAGAAAAAGGAAUAGAGAGGCUCUCUCUCUCUUUUAUGACUUAUGAGCAGUGGGAAAUCCGCACCAAAAUCAACAAAAAAUCAAUCGGCAAUUUGGCAUGAUCUUCUGCUGUUUCUCUCUCUGUAACCACUUCUGCUAAAGAGAGUAAGAGAGAGAAGGAAAAAGAAAUGGGUCGGCUGUUUGUGGUAACUCUCGAUGGGAGCAUCUACAGCUGCAAGCAUUGCAAAACCCAUUUAGCCCUUUCCGAUGACAUCAUAUCUAAGGCAUUUCACUGUCGACAUGGGAAGGCUUAUCUGUUUGACAAGGUUGUGAAUGUGACUGUUGGAGAGAAAGAAGAGAGGAUGAUGAUAACUGGAAUGCAUACAGUUGUUGACAUAUUCUGUGUUGGUUGUGGUUCAAUUGUUGGCUGGAAAUACGAGUCAGCACAUGAAAAGGGACAAAAGUACAAAGAAGGGAAGUUUAUUCUUGAGAGGUUUAAGGUAUUGGGUCCAGAUGGGAGCAUGUAUGUAUUGGGGCAGGAGGUUCAGGUGGGUGGAAGUGAUGAUGCAGAUGAUGCAUGAAUGUGAUUCGCUCUUCCUUCUUAUUCUGUACAGUUCUUAACUGCUAUAGCCUUUUAAUUUCUAGGAUAUGCUUUUAAUGGAAGUCAUAUAUAUAGAUACAUAAUAUAUUAUAUUAAGUCGAUCAUUUUGUCUAAUUUUUCCAAAUGUGGAAAUCAGAGACGUGUCGAUCUUCUUGUAUGGAAAUAUUAAGGGAAAGGCAAAUUGCAAAUUUAUGAUA